CUUAAAUUUUGUUAAGUGGAGCCAUAAACUUUUUAUUAUACCGCUUAAGUGCUGCCAAAAAUUUCACGAACCUAUUAAAACCCCAAAAUACACCAUUACCUAAGGCAUUUGAUAACCUCUGCCUCUAGAAACUCUAAGGAAGAGAUUAUCUUUCUAGAUUUUCUCUUUUAUUUGUUGCUCUCUUUGCCAUCUUCCUGUUAAGAAGAUGGCUUCGCAAACAAUAGGUGGGCGCUCGUACGGAAGUUCACUAAAUUACCGUUCUGUUGGUUCACAAGAUCCCAUUUCCCCUGCUCGCUCACCUACACAUGUUGCAAAUUCUCAACCAAGUGUGCAUAUGGAAGACUCGUAUGUAGUUCGUACAUCUUUACCCAUGCUCCAUCAUUCUCGAACGAAUGGAUCUAAAUGGUUUAAACACAACACCGAAGUGUCAACUGCAAUCAGAAAGAUCAUUCAAGGUUGUUUUAAAGGACCAUGGUACUCUUGGAAAAAAGUGCCACCUUAUUAUAAGCGAACAUGGUUUUCGAUGUUUAAGAAAAAGUUCAAUUGGGAUGCUUCGAUCAACUAUUCAGUUGAAAAGGAGUUUAAGAAACUUGCUGCCUAUCGCCUCAAAGGAAUGGUAAGUAUUGCAAAGAAAGGAGGAGUAAAACCUGACUGGAUUUUGUCUGACUAUUGGACCACUAUGCAAGCUUAUUGGGCAACACCAAAAGCUAAGAAAACGAGUGCGAGUGCACGUGCUUCUCGUUUGUCUGAUCGCAAUGGUUUAGGUCCGCAUCGACAUAGAGCGGGUUCAUGUUCAUAUGCCAAAGUUCAGGAUGUGCUGGAAGCAAACAACGAAGACUUCUCUUUUAUUGCUAUGAUGAAGAAAACACAUCAAAGACCCGAUGGAACUUACGUUGAUGAGCGAGCUCGAUUGGUUGCCGAAACCUAUGAGAAGCAUGUAGAAGAACGCUUGGGACAGCUCGAAUCUUCUGGUAUAGAGAAUGUAACUCUUGAGAAUCUUGACCAAUGUGAGAAAAAUGAGAUUUAUGUCAAGGCUGCUGGAAUGUCUAAACAGGGACGUGUCUUUGGACUUGGAGCAUUACACAGUAAGUUGGUACCAUCCUUUGAUGCAUCAUCGAAUGCACCAGAAGCUUCUGAAGAAGUGGAAGUAAUAACACAAAGAUUGCAAGAGGUGGAAGCAGAGCUAAAACAGAGUCGCGAAGAAAAUCUGCAGUUUCAGAAAAGACUUGAGAACAUGGAGAAACUUGUUCAGUCUAUCACAAAUCUGAAUGUCUAGACCUGGAUUCACCACCAAAAAGCUCCCCACUUUCCAUGAAGUUUAUGUUC